AUGGCUUCCUCGGCGGACAAUGUGGCGCCCAUCGAGAGCAAUGGCGCAAAGAGAUUCGCAGAAACACCAUUGAGGAGCGAGGAAGAAUCACGGGGAAGCUACAGGUUCAAAAAUAAGAGGAUGAAGAACGGUCAUGCCGAGAAUAGCACCAUCUUGAAGACCAACGGGAGCAACGACGAGAUUCUGCUGGGGGAUGUCACGGCGCUCAUUCAGAAGCUCAAUUUGGAAAGAGAAGGAAAAGAGGUGACAAGCGAACUCCCCGAGAAGCUUUCUGAGAUCGAAGUCACAAUCAAAGAGAUCUCUUCGACUGGCGACGGCAUUGGGUUCCAGGAGGGCUCGGACUCGGACCAAGUUUAUGUCAUCCCAUUCACAGCACCAGGAGACACAGUGACGGCCAAGAUCUUCAAACAUUUCGAAAAGGAAAAGUACUCCAUGGCCGACUUUGUCAAAGUCGUCAAGUCCUCACCACACCGCGACGAGUCCCUAGUCAAGUGCCCCUACUUCUCCACCUGCUCAGGAUGUCAGUUCCAGAUGCUGCCCUACGAGUUCCAGCUGCAACACAAAAAGUCCAUAGUGGAGAAAGCCUACAAGAACUUCUCCAACCUCCCCCCGGAGCUCAUCCCCGCAAUCGGCGACACCAUCGGUUCCCCCCUACAAUACGGAUACCGCACAAAACUCACCCCCCACUUCGACGGCCCCCCAGACGCCAGGAGAAGCGACGGCCGCCACGGCAUCAGACGCUCCCACAAGGAGGUGCCAGCAAUCGGCUUCAUGAAAAAAGGCACGCGCAUCACCAUGGACAUCGAAGACUGCCCCAUCGGCACGGCCGCAAUCCGCGCAGGCAACAAACGCGAGCGGGCCCGCGUGGCCGCCGAGCUCCCAAAGUACCACAAAGGCGCCACCCUCCUCCUCCGCGAAACAACCCAACGCAUCCCCAAAGCAGACUACACGCCCUCCUCCGACGCAAACGACGCAGACGCCAUCAUAGAAGACCACAACACGCACAUCCACCGCAAAACCUGCGUCACAAACCCAAACGACAAAACAACAGAAUACAUCGACGACUUCGCAUUCGUAAACCCCGCCGGCUCCUUCUUCCAGAACAACAACUCCAUCCUCCCCGUCUUCACAGCAUACAUCCGCUCGCACAUCGUCCCCGCCAACACCCCGGGACAUAAAAUCACACACCUAAUAGACGCCUACUCAGGCAGCGGCCUCUUCACAAUAACCCUCUCCUCGCUCUUCAAAUCGUCGCUGGGAAUAGACAUAUCAUCCUCCUCCAUCGCCUCGGCCACUACAAACGCAGCUCUAAACAACCUAUCACCAUCUUCAACCCGUUUCCUCGCCGCAGACGCAUCUCACCUCUUCGCGGCCAUUGAGUCCCCCGCCGCAGAGACGGUCGUUAUGCUCGACCCGCCCCGCAAAGGGUGCGAUGAGUCGUUCCUGAAGCAACUCGUGCAGUACGGGCCCGCGAGAGUGGUGUAUGUGAGCUGCAAUGUGCAUACGCAGGCAAGGGAUAUUGGGGUGUUGGUUGGCGGGAUGGCGGGCGUGGACGGGGGGUGUGGGGUGGGUGAGGGGUGCUAUGAGAUUGAGAGUGUGUGUGGGUUUGAUUUUUUUCCGCAGACGGGGCAUGUGGAGGGGGUUGCUGUGUUGAGGCGGAAGGAGGGUUCAGUCGGCGAGGUGGAGAAGGAGGGGGCUUGA